AUUACUCCUAUAAACGAUUUACUUGCGUUACAAAAACUCCUUUGCUUACAAAAAACACCCUCCAUUUUGCUUCCCUAAACCAGUCUUUCUCUUCCGUGCUCUCAUAGUCUCUUCUUCAAUGGCACCAUCAUCAGAAUUAGAUCAAACACUUGGAGAACUAAACAAAGAAUCAUUCGUCAAUCUCUUAACCAAAUUAAUUGGCGAAUCCAAAUACUUACAGAACAACCCACCUGAAUUAAUCCCAGAAGAAGACAGGGUUGUCAACCACUUACUUGAGAUUCUCUCUCCUCUUUCCACCACCACCGGAGGUGGGCCCCUCAUCAUCAACCAUGCAACUUACUACCCGAAAAGAGGAAACCUUAUUGUUGAGUAUCCGGGUACUGAACCCGGCAAAGUUGUCUCCUUUGUGGGUUGUCAUAUGGAUGUUGUCACUGCUAAUCCUUCUGAUUGGGACUUCGAUCCUUUCUCAUUGAGCAUCGAUGGUGAUAAACUUAGGGGUCGAGGGACUACAGACUGUUUGGGACAUGUUGCCUUGGUAGCUGCAUUGAUGAAGAAGCUAGGGGAGGCAAAACCAAAAUUAAAGUCUACUGUGGUUGCGGUCUUCAUAGCAAAUGAGGAGAACUCAGCUAUAACAGGCAUUGGUGUUGAUGCUCUUGGAAAGGAUGGAUUGCUUGAUAAGUUGAAGGGAGGUCCACUGUUUUGGAUAGACACAGCUGAUAAACAACCUUGCAUUGGUACUGGUGGAGUGAUACCAUGGAAAUUACAGGGUGUUGGAAAACUUUUUCACAGUGGCCUUGCACACAAGGCAGUAAAUGCUAUGGAAAUGACAAUGGAAGCACUUAAGGAGAUACAGUUACGAUUUUACAAAGAUUUUCCUCCACACCCUGAAGAGAAACGCUAUGGAUUUGCAACCCCAUCAACCAUGAAGCCCACUCAAUGGGUUUAUCCAGGAGGGGGUAUCAACCAGAUCCCUGGCGAGUGUACUAUUUCUGGUGAUGUCAGGUUAACUCCCUUUUACGAUGUUAAUGACUGUAUGAAAAUGCUUCAAGAAUAUGUCGAUGACAUAAAUUCUAACAUUGAGAAGCUAGAUACGAGAGGACCAGUUUCAAAAUAUGUGCUACCUGAUGAAAACAUAAGGGGAAGACUCACAAUAACUUUUGACGAGGCCAACAAUGGUGUGGCUUGUGAUCUUGAUUCUCGUGGUUUCCACGUCUUAUGCAAAGCUACUGAAGAAGUUGUUGGUCAUGUUAAGCCAUACUCCAUCACUGGAAGUUUGCCACUGAUUCGUGAUCUAAAAGAUGACGGAUUUGAUGUUCAAACAGCAGGAUAUGGUCUAAUGGCAACUUACCAUGCCAAGAAUGAAUACUGCCUUCUGUCGGACAUGUGCCAAGGCUACCGAGUCUUUGCUAGCGUUAUUGCACAACUAGAAGACUGACUUCCUGCGGAUUAUAUUUGCUCUGGAUUUUAAAAGUUUUCAUUAAUGCUCAAGACAUGGAUAUACAUUUACUGUUAAAUAACAGUCAUAAUAAUAAGUUCAUUUAUAAGAAUGGAUUGAGUUUAAUCAUGUAACA